AUGGGGAUUCAGUUCUCCAGCCUCAUGCCGUGCUGCGUAAAUUCACAAGUUAAGACAUCUGUUAUUGAAGUUCCGCAUACUGGAAAUGAAGAUAGAAGUGAAGCCGAUAAUUGGCCUGCAUUUCGCGAAUAUACAUUUGAGCAACUUAAGAAUGCGACAUCCGGUUUUUCUGUUCAGAAUAUAGUAUCUGAACAUGGAGAGAAGGCUCCAAAUGUUGUGUAUAAAGGGGAGUUGGAGAAUCAAAUGAGGAUUGCUGUUAAGAGGUUCAAUAGGAAUGCUUGGCCCGAUUCUCGGCAGUUUUUGGAGGAAGCUAGAUCUGUUGGCCAGCUUCGUCACCAAAGAUUGGCGAAUUUGCUUGGUUGUUGUUGUGAAGGCGAAAAGAGGUUGCGUGUGGCCGAAUACAUGCCCAACGAAACUCUCGCAAAACACCUUUUCCAUUGUAAUAGCUUGUUUCAUGCAUAUGAUUUGUUCUUCUCUUUUAAUAAUUGGAAAACCAAUUGUUCAUCUUGCUUGGAAGGACAGUUUUCUGAUGAUGAUGGAACCGAGUUGGUGCGCUGGGCAUCUCGAUGUUUACAGUACGAACCAAGAGAGAGGCCUAAUCCGAAGUCAUUAGUGGCUGCUUUGGCCCCUCUUCAGAAAGAGACAGAGGUUCCUUCACAUGAAUUGAUGGGUAUCCCGCAUGGUUCUACUUUAGCUUCAUUGUCUCCGCUCGAUGAAGCUUGUUCAAGAAAGGACCUGACUGCCAUUCAUGAAGUUUUGGAAAAAUUUGGCUAUAAAGAUGAUGAGGGAAUUGCAAAUGAGUUAUCUUUCCAGAUGUGGACUGAUCAAAUGCAGGACAUGCUAAAUUGUAAGAAAAAAGGCGAUGCGGCUUUCCGGCAGAAAGAUUUUAGACUUGCAAUUGAGUUCUAUACACAGUUCAUUGAUGCCGGAACAAUGGUUUCUCCAACGGUACAUGCGCGUCGCAGUUUGUGUUAUCUCAUGAGCGAAAUGCCGCAGGAAGCGCUAGGCGAUGCAAUGCAAGCGCAAGUGAUUUCCCCUUUGUGGCACAUUGCAUCUUAUCUUCAGUAUGUUCCAUUGGGUGGACUUGGAAUGGAGCAUGAAGCACAAGUAGCACUCAAAGAGGGAACAACAUUGGAAGCCAAAAGGAGUGGACAAAAAUGA